AUGCUCAAUAAUAGUCGCUACAACAGUCUCAUCUUGUUUUUGGUGAACUGUUGGUCGGGCGAGUUCGAAUCGUCAGCUAGAUGUGUAGAAGCUUUAUUUAACCAAUGUCGUCAGUCUCAGCAGAUUUCCUUAUUGUACAAAUUAGUUGAUCCCGAUAAAAUACGUCUUUCAUUUGAUAAAAUUUGUGGUAAACUUGAUCUCUAUUCAAAAUCCAAAGUGUGUAUAAUGCGACAAGAUAGUAAAAUAAAACGAUGUUUCCAUGACGUAGAGUACGUUUUCCACGAUAAUAUAGCUAAAGCCAGAUACGUGGACCACGUUAUACUUACGUACUGUGGAUUCCAGUUAGGAUUACGAGAUUGUAUAGUCCAACCUGUGACAACUGCCUGUGGCAAGGAUAUCGGCGGAUUUAUGAAUGAUUUUAUGGAUGGAGUUACUGCCCCUGUUUGUAUGAAAGACAUAUAUGGCAAUUCUGCUUCGUGUAAUAUACCCGAGUUAACUUUAUUGUCCCUAAUGACGCCAUUUAUUUUAUCGCCAUUUUUGUGA